AUGUGGGGGACAAUCUUGCCGAUCGUUCUGGCUCUGCCGUUCACCAAUGCGAUCACACUACACAAGCGGGACGAUCCGGCUGUUUUUGGACUCCCGAUUGCCCGUAGUGAACGGCCCCAAUCGUUGCAGAAACGCAGUGACAAAGUCGUCAGCACGGCUUUGUACAAUGUGGGAAAUCUUUAUUAUAUGGUGAACAUCACCGUUGGUACCCCGGCUCAGAAUCUCUCCCUGAGUCUUGAUAUCGGCAGCAGUGAUAUCUGGGUCAAUGUCGAUAAUUCCACAUACUGCGCAUCCGACGAGGACUUUUGCUCCUCAACCGGAGUGUUUAAGCUCGAAGACUCCUCUACAUUCAAACAGCUAGAUUACGACAUGAAUAUGACCUAUGCGGGUGGAGACUAUUUGGCUGCAGGUCCCUACGCGACCGAUACAUUGACGAUUGGAGGCAUAACGGUGAAAGAUAUGGAGUUUGGGCUGGGUGAAGAGAGUCGAAAUCCCCACGGUAUUCUAGGAAUCGGAUAUGGGAUAGCUACGUAUGCCAACGCUGCUCUCGACAAGCGCUACUCCAACCUCCCAGAAGCGUUGGUCAAUAGCGGGGCUAUCAAGUCAAACGCUUAUAGUUUGUGGUUGAAUAAAUACGAUGGCACCGGCAACCUUCUCUUCGGCGGUGUCAACAAAGCUCGAUACGACGGCGAGCUUGAAACUGUGCCCGUCUUGAAAAAUAAUGGUAAAUACAGCUCCUUGGCUAUUGCCUUGACCGAUAUCUCCGUUAAAGGCACCAGCGGUAACACAAAUUACGCAACUGGCCUUCCCCUCGCUGUGUCUUUGGAUAACGGAAGCGGGUUUAUCACUCUACCCAAAGAGGUCGUCACUCCCAUCUUCAAAGAAGUCGGCGCAGUAUACAACUCCACCAUCGGUGCAGCCUUCAUCCCCUGCGAUACUACGGGUUACAACGUGAGCUUCAGCUUCUCGGGCGCCACGAUCACAAUUCCCGUUAAUGACCUUAUUCUUCACUAUUCCGAAGACGGUUCCCCCAAAGACUGUUACUUCGGAAUCUCUGAGAGUGAUCCGGGAGUGAAUCUGAUGGGUGACCCGUUCCUGCGUGGCGCGUACGUCGUCUACGAUCUUGAUAAUAAUGAGAUCUCUCUGGCGAACACGAACACCGACGGGGGUGAUGAUGAUAUUCUUGAGAUUGGCACGGGUACCGCUGCCGUGCCGGGUGCUACCCUGAUGCCUUCUGCUGUCACUUCCGCGACUGGUAACGGGGUUGCUGUUGCUGCAACGGCGCUACCCUCGGGGUCAUCUGAGCCGAGUGGAACAGCAGUGGAGGUCACUGUUACUGGUACUGCUGCUACUGCGACUGCGACUGAGACGGCCACUGGUGGCGCUACUACCACCUCUUCGAAAGGCCUGGCAGUGCCCACUGCUAAGCCGAACCACCUUCUGCCUGGUCUCUUGGGCGCUGGCUUGCUUUUGGCGCUGUAG